AAAACUCUUUUAGUAUAGCGUUGGCGUGCGAGACAGACGGUUCGGUUGAGCACAAGAUACACAAAGUACUUGGCAAGCUAAAGCAACAACAAAAUAUAAGAAAAACAAAAAAAUAAAAAAUAAAAUACAACCAAAAACGAGUUCGAGUUCGAGUUCCGAGCAAUUAAUAUACAUACGAUAUAAGCACAUUUAGCGCAGGCGUUGAACUAGUGAACAAGAACAUAUUCCAAACAAACAACAAACGUAAAAGCGAAUAGACAGAGGGGCCUCAACUGGAGCUAGAGAACUGGAGUCAGUGCAGCAGCAGCAGCAGCAGCGGCAGCUAGAGCUGCCCUCCAACCACAAAGCAUACCAUAAACAACUCUCAGUCAAGAGCAGCUCGAGCGCGUCGAGUGUGCAAAUUAAAAGCGCACAGUAGCACGAAAGGAGCUGAAACAGCAGCAGCAACAACAACAACAACAACAACGACAGACAACAUGGAAGUGGCAACAACAAACAAUCACAGUCAGAGCCAUCAUCAUCAUCAUCAUCAUCACCAGCAUAAUCGUCUUGGUGGUGCUGCUGUCGGCAGUGGCAACAACGUCAGCAGCGUCGGCGGUUCCCGUUCACCAUUUCAGCGCGAGGUGCGUGAAUGGCAACGCAUCGAUCCGGACACUGGAGCGCUGUUCAGCGGUCGCUUGGAGGCAGAUCGCUGGAUAAAUGGACCACUGAACAGCUAUGGCAAGAUAUCCGAUUCCCAAAAUAUCUCACAGCCGAAUGGCACACAGCACACACAGCGCAAGCAAAUGGAGGUGCUGCGCACCGCCAAUGGCGCCAUGCAGGUGAUACGCACACAGACAGUACAAAAGACAUCAUCCACAUCCCGUUGGUCCACCUCCUCAUCCACCACAACCACACAGCAGCAGCACACCGCCACCACCAGCACCACCAAUGGCGGCGGCAUGGCGCCAAUGGCGCUAUGGGCGCCUCGGUCCGCCCAAGGCGUUGACAUUUGUGAGCUGAGCGAAGAUGACAACGAUGAUGAUGAUGAAGAUGACAAUGAUGUCAAACAUCAUGAUGAGUAUAGCAUACAUAAUGGCAGCGACGCUGGCGUCGUCCACGAAUGCACGACUCCAUCAAAAUCAGGCACUGGCCAUGGCCAGGAGCUGGUUGAUGAUCAUGUUGAUUUUGUUGUGAUUAAUGGCCAAGCAGACGACGACGUUGACGACGACGACGACGACGACGACGACGGCGGCGAUGGAGACGACGGUCAUUUGCACAAACUCGGCCACAAUUUGUUACCCGAUACAGCGCCAAGUUUGAAAUUGAGCAAUCUAAUGAAAAGCAGUUCGAGUAUUUCCAGCCAAAGCAGCAACAAUUCAAAUUUAACAACUGCAGCGGGUGGAGCGGGUGGAGCAGCUGGCAACAACAACACCCACAGAAAUGCGGGCAAAAUAAGCCUACAUGCAAUUGUUGGACAGACAGCAACAGCAACAGCAACAGCAACAGCAGCAGCAGCUCCAGCAACAUCAUCAACUUGGCCCCAGCGACUCGAGCAAGCUGACUUAUAUGGUCAGAGCAACAACAGCAACAACAGCCAAAAACGUCGCGUGGGCGGUGCUGCUGACGUCGCUGCUAUGGGGACGCCAACGCUGCGUCGUGAUUUGGAAAGUUUCCGGCAUUAUAACGAUGACGAUGCCACCUCCAUCGAUGAAGAUUUGCGGCUCAGCGCACGGCAUCAGCGUCGCCAGCAGGUGUCACAGUCCGUUUAUGCACCACCGUUGCCAGUUAACAACGCCAGCAACAACAGCAGCUUUGGCAGUUUGCAGCGUUCCCGUUCCAUAUCCACGGAUGAUCUCAGCAACGAUUGCUGGCAGCAGCAGACCGGAGAGGAGGAAUUGCCGUGCGGCGAUUGGCGACGCGUUAGCAAACUGCGUCGCUCGUUUCAGUCGCAGGACUAUCACAAUAAAGCACAAUCCCGACCCAGACCAUUGCCAUUGGAUUUGCCCAGCAGUUCGGUAAGUGUGGCCCGCAUCCGGGCGGAGCUGGAGAACGGACGCAGGCUAAAUACGGCCAUGCGCAACAAUCACGUGGAUCUGGCAGCCCUGGACAGCAUACUAAACACAACAGCCGCAUCAGUAGCAGCCGCAGCAGCAGCAGCAAACGACGCAUCAGCUGCUGCAACAGGCAAAACAUCCCAAUCUUCGAGUAAGCCGCAGGUAACGAAACGUGAGACAUUUUUGACUGCCGCCUCACUGCAAGAGAUACGCGGCAAAUUGAAGAAGCUGUCGGACGAAAGUCUCUACAAGGAGGAUUUCGUGGCGCACCAGCAACAGGCCAACAGCAGGCAGCCGGCCACAAUUGAGCCACCGCCGCCAUCCGCAUUUCGGCCUGUUCACAAUACGCACAGCCUGGAGACGCGUCAGCGGCCAAAGGACAACAAUUCCAGUGAAUGGCAUUCGCGUCGCAAGUCGUACGGCUUUGAGAAGAUGUCACCGCCCGAAAAUCGUAGCAUUUUUCGUGUGGACGCCUCCACGGACAGCGGCUUGGGUCGUUCGGGUGAACAGUUGGGCAACUGGUCGCCUACGGAGCGUACCGCAACGGCGGCUGCAAAUGGAGCCGGCUCCACAAUAAUACACUUUGGCCGACAGCAACAGGUGGGCAAACCGGCAAUCAGCAGCGAAACGGAGCAGUUGAGCAAGCGGCAUUCGAUUGCUGUUGAGGAAACUUGGCGCGAUAUAAGAAAAACUUCACAAGUGCAUGUUAAUGGCGAUACCAUAAAUGGCGGCAGCAACAACAACAGCUCCAGCCAGUUGCAACGCAGCAGCGCUCAGAAACGAGUUGAGUUCUGUAAAACAGAAGUGCACUUUGCUGCCGAAUCGGGCCGCGUUAAUAUUGUGGAAACUGAUGGCAAGCCGCCACCCACGCAAAACUUUCGUCGGCGUCGACGCACCGCCAGUGGACCGCUGCAGAGCCUGGUGAAGUCGGCCAGUGUAAGCAGCACGACCACCACCACCACCAGCAAUAGCGGCAGCACCACCACCACCACUAACAACAGCUCCAGCAACAAUGUCACCCACUUUGGCGACGAUCCCACAGUGCGAGCCAAAACUAUAGCCUCCACCACAGUAGCCUAUCGCGCCACACUAAUGGAGCCGCCAGAACUGGUCACCCAACCGGUGGCCGGCACCCAGGUGACAGUCAUAACGAAACCAUUAGUGGAGCCACGCUACAGCUUGCUGGAGACAACGAGCUCCACGUCGCGGCACAGCUACACCUCCACCAGCGGUGUGGAUACAACCGACAAUGAAACAGACGAACUGGCCAAUAUACGGGGCAUAUUGAAGAACAAGCCAGUCAAACCGAAACCCUAUCAUCUGGGCGAGAAUAUCGAGAGCGCUGAUGCGCUCUGGAGUGUUCCAGCCGCCAUCAAGAGCGAGAAUCGUGAGAGCAGUCCGCCAAGUCGUGAUAAUGCCCCUGUCGAAUCACCAAUAACCACCAAAUCGGUGGCCGAACGAGUCCGAAUCGUGGAGCAGAGGCAAUUCGAGAAGCAGCAGCCUUCGCCAGCUGGAAAUGGCUAUUCGACCAAGAUCAAUGUGAAUCUGGGCGCCGAGGAGUGGACUGAAACAGGUCGUCGUCGCAGUAGCGCACAGGAACUGCUGCUGCAGGACCUGCGCGCCCAUCAGCGCAUCCUGGACGAAGGCCUCAAGUCGACAUCGUUGAUAAUGAAAACCAUGCGAUCGGCAAGUGAAUUCGAUGAGGCAAUGCGUCGAUUGAGCAUUGCCUCGAUCGAGUCCGCUCUGAUACAGCCCACGAUUGUGGUGCCGACGCCCAUGUUGCGCUCGCACAGCUAUCAGGAGGAGGGCAGUCGCCGCACCUCGACCACAUCGAUCAGCAGCAGUGAUCUAUUCGGGAGCACACUGUACGACUCGCUGCCUCGCACGCCGCUCGCACCGCCUCGUCUCAAGCUCUUGGGCAAUACGCAAAUCCCAGUGAGCCAGCAGCUGACACAGCUGCGUAGGCUCUAUGAUGCCGCCGAGCAGGAGGAGGACAGCGCCGAUGAGGAGGUUAAGCGCUAUUUUCGUGAGAACAGCAACAACAACAACAACAGUGAUAGCGGCGACGGCACACAGUGCAGCUCCUCGCCCGAGGAUGUGGUGCUCAAGGGCACCGAGUAUUCGAGCAGCUGGAGCCGGCUAAAGGCCAAGCGCACCAUCUGGAAAAUCGAGGCGCAAGAGCAAACGCUGCAGCGCACAGAUCUGCCCAAGUCGAAUGUGAUGAGCAUCGCGUUGCAUGCGCCGCGGCUGCAGAAGCCGAAGCCCACACCGCCCACGCUGCGCAUCGGGCAGCUGGUGCCGGUGGCCAAGCCACGUACGCUGCUGGUGCAGCCACAACCACAGCCCCAACAGUUACCAGCACAUGUACACACGGACAAUGGAGACAAUGAGUCGGGCAGCGAGUCUCUUAAGAUUGUUCGCGAAGCACGCGGCGCACGCAAGUUGCGGGAGCAUGAGCUCUCCUAUUUUGGUGUACAACAUUCGCCGAUGACCACGCAGAGCGGCAAUAAGCUGCAGGCCACGCCCAGUAAUCCACGACGCACGCUGCCCACGCGCAGCAAGCAGAGCCACGCCGAGGAGGCAACGAAUCCAUCAGCAAUAACAACUACAACAACAACAACCACAACCAAGUGGCAACUAUUGAACGAUCGACCCGAUUUACUGCGGCACAGUCCGCAGGCCAACGAUGAUGGCAACAACGUCUACGACAAUCAUGAAUUAGCUGAGCAGGAGGAGGAGAAUGAGCAGCAGGAAGAAGAGGAGCACUGCUAUGAGAACAUAGCCAACGAGCUGACCACAACGUUUAGGGUCAAGUCGCCGUCGCCGUCGCCGGGCUGCUACGAGCGUAAAACGGAUUUGCAGCGCGAUGCGCAAAUACUCAGCGAGAUGACACGCAACGCUGAUCAGACAAUGAAAGCCCUCUCCGAUGAGGCCGCUUUCAAGGAUCAGCGACGUCGUUCGUGCUCGCUGCAGAGGCGCAGCGCCAAGCCCUUGGCCACCAUCGAUGAGAGGGUCAAGGCCGAUGCCACCAAGGCAUUGAGUGUCACUCGCGGCACCUUCGCCUCGGAGGCGCGACGCAAUUCCCGGCAAUCGACGCCGUCGCCGACGCGAGCACGCAGCUCGUCUCAGUCGUCAAUCGAGUGCUGUCCGCGCGAUCGUUCGCGUUCCAGUUCGCGUGAGUCGAUGACCCACGGCGGCGGCUCCUCGGAUGAGCAAAUGAGCAAACAGCGCGUAGAGCGCUUGCGCAUGCGCACGCCCAAGCGCGAGAAGACACGCCACGAGCCAGCCGAGCAUCGUUCGUCCAGGCAGAGCAGUAGCGGCAACAAACCGAGCGGCAGCAGCAGCAAGCUACGCAGCAGCUCCAGUUCGGCGGCGGCAGUGGAGAGCAAGCGCUCGCACCACCACAGCCGCCAUCGCGAGAAGGAGCACGGCGGCGAGCACUCGACCAAGCACAGUUCGGGCUCUGCCCCGGGCAGUCGACUGUUGCGCUCCAUGCGCGUCACCGAAGAGGGUCGUCCACGCCCCAGCAGCUCGCAGCGCACCAGCGAGCGAGAGAAGGAGCGAGAGCGAGCACGGGGCUCUGAGAGGCAGCGAGAUGAGCUAACACGUUCGCGUGGUCACUCCAGUCGCUCCAGACACAGUGAGCCGAGCGCAGCUGCGCACAAGUCGAGCAAAAGCAGUCGCAGCAGCAGCAGCAGCCACAAUCACGACACAUCAAUGUCCGCACAUAGAAAGUCCACAGCAGCAACAGCAGCAACUGCUAAAGCAACAACAAAAUCCACAACAGUGCACAAAUCAACAACAGCAACAGCACAAGCGACAGCAACAACAGCAACAGCAACAGCUACGGCACCAAUCAGCAGCACAACAACAACCACAACAACACCGCACAACGAACUGACGUACGUAUACGUAACGAAUUUAGCCAAUACACAAACCGCCGAGGAUACCGACUAUGCCAGCAUCGAUGAUGGGGCAACAGCAACAGCAACAACAACAACUACAACAACAGUAAAGCCUACAGAACAAGCAUUGCCGCUGCCAUUGCCGCCGCCGCGUCGCAAACGCAAACGUUCGCUAUUGCCCGUGCCCAUACGUACCACUGCCACGCCCACUGCCGCCUACGAGCAUCGCAUUAAGCUGGAGAUGAUACCACAGGCGGCCAGCUACUCGAAUCAAUCGACAUUGCGCUGCAAGCAGCCAACGCGCAAAUCAUCUCUGAAAUGCACCCAGUCGACCAGCUCGAGCUUUGCCUUUCUGCCCUAUUUGCCGGCCAAGCGCAACUCGAACGUUAGCCAUGUCUAUGACAAUUAUCUGCUGUACGCAGCGCCUGCCACGUUGGCUGGCAGCAAACUGCGGCCCUAUCAGCACAAUUUGAGCAACGAUCACGCCCAGCUCUUUGGCAGCAGUGGACGUGGUGGCGGUGCUGGUAUUGCUGCUGGCAACGCCAGUGGUCCGCUGGCCGGACGUCUGGGCAGUUGGCCAAAGCGUUUGCGCAUGCGGCAGGUGCGCAGCAGCGUCUCCACGCACCAGCCCUUCGGCAUCUGCACAUGUUCAUAGUCAGCGCUGGAGCAGAUCACAAAAACCAAAUAGCAAGUCGCGCAUGGAUGGGCGCAAACCGGAUCUCGUCACAGUUAACAGGCAGUGACACUGACACACAAUCACAGUCACAGUCAAAGUCACAGUCACAGUCAAAGUCACAGUUUUUCGCUCACGUUUAACCACCUAUGCACGCCAACAAUAUUCCCACCUUUAUAUAGAUUUCUGAUAUUUUUCUGGGCAUUUUUUGAUACUUACCUCACGAAACGCAGCACGCAAAUCAACACGAAUUUUAGUAAACAAAUUAUUUAUCGAAAAGAACGAUGCGCAGUUAUCUAACCCGUGUUCCUUCCCCAUACUAAUACUACUUAAAAACUCGAGCGGGCGACAGACAGUGUGAAAGGGAAUGAUACAGAGAGAAGAGGAGUGAUAGUGCAGGCUGAAGCGACGGGUUUAUAUAUGUAUUUUACUUUGGAGCACACGCCGCCUUGCACAUAAAUAAAAAUAUGAAAUAAAAAAAUCCCCGCACACACAACACACACAAUGAAUGAAAAUGGUUCUGUUUUUACUUUUCACAGCACACGGUAAAAGCACACUGAAUGGACAUCAUCAUCAUCAUCAUCAUCACAAUCAUCAUCAGCAGCAGCAGCAGCAUAGUAGCAGCAAAC